UUUUUCACUGCCUUUUUCAUACUAUAAACAAAUCAAACCAAGGCUAGGACCUGUAAUUCUGGUGCCAUUGGUCGUCAGAUUGAUCAAAUAGUUUUAGCGAUUGUUUUUUCUGCACUGUGUUGAACUUUUGGAUGACGACGUCGGGUGGUAGGCUCCCAAGCAACCAGGAGCGAGAGAACAAUAAGAAACGGGAGAGGAAGAGAAGAGCCAUUGCUGCAAAGAUAUUUGCAGGCCUUCGGCUUUAUGGCAACUACAAGCUGCCCAAGCACUGUGAUAAUAAUGAAGUGCUCAAAGCCCUCUGCACCGAGGCCGGUUGGACGGUUCAACCGGACGGAACAACAUACCGCCCGGGCAUUACAAUGGCUGAGCCGGUGGACUGUAGCGAUCGUCAAGCAAAGAACGGUUCUUUGAUUCCAUGGCUCAAGGGUCUCAGAAGCCAAGGUAGCCGGCUGGCGGCUCCGACUGCUUUGCCGCCCUUGCAGAUAAUGACCGGCGGCCAUUGCAGUGCGCCGGUCACUCCGCCUCUCUGCUCUCCCACCGGAAUGGAGUAUAUUAGCAGCUCUAAUCUCAGCUCACCGUACUGUGAAUCACUUUUUUCAGCCCAGACUUCUGGUCUUUAUCUCAAUGCUUACCAUUGUGGGGAUGGUAAGGUAGAGAACUGUGGCUUUCUUGAUCCGGGUGUCCAAGAUUCAUUUUUUUUCUCUUCUGAGAAUGGAUUUCAUCCGUCGGCCUGGAAAACUGCUGCUUCCGGGUGCCCUAAUGAUGAUGUUUCUGGUGUGUGUUUUGAAGAGGGGCCAGGAAAUUCAAUGGGUAGAGAUGAAGAAUGUGUUACAGUUAGGAAAUGUGAGAAUAUGUAUUCUCUGCCUUGUCAAGAGCUCAUGCUAGACCUAACACUGGGGCUGCCUAACAUAAGGGAUUCUAGGUAAGCUUAAACAAGGGAAAACUAAAAACUAUAGCCCGUGCUUAGCAGAUAUCUGUACUUGGUUGUUACAAACUAAACUCACUUAGCGGAUGUGCAGGGUUCUCCUUUGUGACUUUUUAUUGUUAUUUCCAUGACUUUUGUCUCACGAACUAGAAAUAAGAUCUCUCUGUGGAAGCUCACUGUCGCUAAUGAA